AUGCCGCCUUUCCUCCCCCGCAAGCGCUCGCUCUCCGCGGACCCGCCCCCGGCCAAGCGCCAGGCCCAGCCCGAGAGCUCGGCGAGGCCUUUCGCCGUCGAUGAGUCCGACUCGGAUUCGGACUCUUCGCUGAGCGACGCUCCCGAUGACGAGGAUACACCGGCACCGCUUGCCGCAGAGUCGGAUGACGAUGACGAUGAGGAAGAUGACGAGGUCGACUGGGAAGACGCCAUCGACACUAAGACUAGCACGACGACUCCAACUCUCGCGGGGCCCGAGAUCCAGGACCUCGAAUUGACGCUCGACAAGAACGAGACCCACAUCACCGACCUGCUUGAUGGCAAGAAGGGUCCAUCGAAGAUUGAGCGCCAGAUUCGCAUCCAGUCACACUGCAUGCAUGUCCAAUGCCUGCUCUUCCACAACGCCAUUCGUAAUGCCUGGAUCAACGAUGCCAAAGUCCAUGAGAUAUUACGUCAUAAGCUACCGGAAGGGAUUCACAAGGAGGUCAAGAAAUGGCGAAUAGCGACGGGACUGGAGAUCCCCGAGCCCAAGCCAGAGCCUCCACACACAAAAAAGAAGAAAGGCAAGAAGGGCAAGAAGAAGGAAGACUGGGGCCCGGAAUCAGAGCGUCUGGAACCCGGGCAGCCCGAUAUGAGUCGCGGGGACCCCAUCCUUGUCCUGCUCAAGGUCUUGGUGGCCUAUUGGAAGAAGCAGUUUCGUAUUACGGCACCGGGUCUACGAAAGCAUGGAUAUCGCCCGGUUCCUUCUUUGGAAGCUAUCACUGCAGACUUCCGAAACGAGGAACACGAUCCACGGCGUCAUGGGGAACGAAUCGCCAACCUGGAAGAGUUCAGAUCCAUAGCCGAGAAGAUGCAGGGCUCCCGAGAUGUUGGUGCUCAGCUCUUCACGGCCUUGGUCAGGGCAUUGGGAAUCGAAGCUCGAUUGGUGGCUAAUCUCCAACCGCUGGGAUUUGGCUGGACCAAGGCGGAAGUCUACACGCCGCCAAAGACAGAGUCCGAUCCCACCAACCCGAAGCCUGAAAAUGAAAAUGAAAACGAGGUUGAACCGCAAAGUGGAGCGUCUGAGCCGGACUCAGACCUAGGAGAAUAUCAACCCAAGGCGAAAAAAGGUGGCGCCCAGUAUGACAAGGAUCUCUUAUUUCCGAUCUAUUGGACCGAAGUCGCUUCACCGGCCACCAACGAAAUCAUCUCCGUCGACCCUUUAGUGCUCUCGAAACCCCUCGCCCUUAGUGCGGAGCAGCAGGAGGCAUUCGAGCCACGCGGGGCCAAAGCGGAACGCGCCAAACAGGUGAUAUGCUACGUGAUUGCACACUCGGCCGACGGCACUGCGAAAGAUGUUACUACUCGGUACCUGCGACGGCGGACGUGGCCCGGAAAAACAAAGGGCCUCAGAAUGCCAGUACAAAAGGUUCCCAUACCAGGUCUCCGGGGCCAAUAUUUCGAAUACGAUUGGUUCCGUAACGUCAUGCGUGGGUAUGAAAGACGGCCAGAGAAACGAACCAAGGUCGAUGAAAUUGAGGAUGCAAAAGAUCUUCAGCGAAAGCAACCCGAGAAGAAGAAAAGUACACAAACGGGCGAUACCUUACAAAGCCUGCGCACAUCGACCGAGUUCGUACUGGAACGUUUUCUGCGUCGUGAAGAGGCUCUGAAGCCUGGCGCAGAGUCUGUUCGCACCUUCAUCGCCGGAAAAGGUGCCCGCGCGAAAGAAGAACCGGUGUUCAAGCGAGCAGAUGUGGUCAAAUGCAUGUCAGCAGAAAGUUGGCACAAAGAAGGGCGACAGAUUCGAGCUGGAGUAGUCCCAUUGAAAAAGGUGCCUAUUCGAGCGGUGACUCUGAUGCGCAAGCGCGAGGUAGAUGAAAUGCAACGUGAAACAGGCGAAAAACCGAUGCAGGGUCUCUACUCCCGAAGCCAGACGGAGUACAUCAUCCCACCGCCUAUUCAAGACGGCAAGAUUCCCAAGAACAAUUAUGGGAACAUUGAUUGUUUCGUGCCGAGCAUGGUGCCUCGCGGUGCUAGCCAUGUCCCCUAUCCUGGUACUGUCCGACUGUGCAAGAAGCUAGGAAUUGACUAUGCCGAAGCCGUCACCGGAUUCGAAUUUGGCUCCAAGAUGGCUGUCCCUGUCAUCCAGGGCGUUGUCGUGGCGGCUGAGAACGAGGAUCUGCUCAAAGAUGCCUGGCGAGUCGACGCGGCUGAGAAACGCAAGCGUGAGGAGCUCAAGGCUGAAAAGCGCAUUUUGCAGACUUGGCGCAAGUUCCUCUUCGGACUACGAAUCAACGAGCGCGUUCGCGAAGAGUACGGUGGUGGUGACCCCUUUGCAGACCGCGAAAAAGAAACGCACAACCCCUUUGCGGUCCGAAGGAAGAAAACCGGACAGCAAAGUGAGCCUACCGAGCAACCUGAGGUAAAUCAUUUCAGAGAAGCUUCCCACGAUCCUGUCGAUCACGGCGGUGGCUUCUUGUUACCCGGUGAAGGGGACGACGAUGGGGAUGGUGGCUUGAUUGUUGAGCAUGACCACGAAGAGCAAGAUAAUGGCCAAGACCCUAGUGCUGCGGAUGACACCCCAGGAGAAUUGUCACCGCCACUCUCCAUCCCAUCAGACUCGGAAGAUGACAGCAAAGAUGACUCCGAGCCUGACUAUGCCCCGCCGGCACGGGGUAGUACACGACGACGUCGACGCGGGGGCUGA